AUGCUUGCCAAGUCUAUAAUAAUGCUCUGGGCGCUGUUCCUCCUCAUGGCAACCGCCCAAGCCCAAUUUCAAUUCUUCGAACAAAUGUUUAGUGGUGGAGGACAUGGCGGCCAUCAAGGCGAACAAGAAGCUUCUAGCGACAGCUCUUGGUAUCAGCGAACUUGGGAAGGAGCUCAUUGCACGAGAUACCUCUGCCCUGGCACAUUAGCCUGCGUCCACUUUCCACACCAUUGUCCAUGUCCUCAUCCUGAUGUUGAAGAAAAAGUCGAGCUUGGUGAAGGAAGCGCGGUUUGCGCAUCCAGAGGCGGAUUCAAGGCCGGAGAAACUGCAAGGAAAAUCGAAUUGGCGCGCAAAGGGCUUUUGGUUCCACCCUGGUUCGUCGCUCUUAAGCUUCUUCUCAUGACCUCAUUUGUCCUGCUUCUUGACACAUCAGCAUCUGCGGUCUCGGAAGACGCUGGGUCGUCUUCCAUCCCACAUCUGGUCUCCCAUCGAUCUACUAUUUUUUUCAACUCCUUGGAAAGCGCAGCUAUUCUCUUGUCCGAGAUGAAGAGAGCUCUUCCGUUUAUACCGUGCAGGAACUUUACCCCGAGACGUUCCGUGCCUCGCAAUUCCCUACGACGAAAAGACCUUCUCUUGCCGACAACGUUUUAUCGAAGCGUGCACGAGAAAAACUCAGAGCGCAACCCUGCCUCAAAUAUCGAGAAUGUAUCCACAGCGUUGCGUGAUACAAUCCCACAAAAGAACAAUCUCCUAUCACCUGUUCACAUACCGGAAGACCCCAAUGCGGUCCUAAAGGAAACCCACCUAGCGGCAAAGCUGUUGGCAAACUCAAGCCUUGUGGUUCUAAAAGAUAUAGAUAUGAUUAAUGUUCUCGCUGGUUUUGAGCAGUCAACCCGUUAUGUGAUCAUGGAUGCCAACGGGAACCACGUUGGAUAUAUGGCAGAGCAAGAAACUGGUGUUGGUGGUAUGCUGUCUCGGCCGUGGACUCGCUCACAUCGGAGUUUCACUAUGCAUGUCUUUGAUCGAGACCAAAAGGAGGUUCUCAGGUUUCAACGUCCUUUUUCCUGGUUCAACGGUCACAUUCGUGUAUACGAUCCCCUUGACCUAGCUGACCCUGCGUAUUCGCCAUCAAAUACAUACCAACCCACUCCACCGACUGCCUGGGCGUCUAUUGCUAGCAAUUCGAAGGUGGCAGUAUCGCCGCUGUCGAUUUCGGACAUGCGAGUUAUUGGGGAAGCACAGCUUAAAUGGACUCCGUUCCGCCGCAAAUACAAUUUGUUUAUUUUUCAUCCCAACUCAACGUCCAAAUCUGACCUUGGAACGAAGCACGUUCCUGCAACCAGCGGCAAGCUAUCGCAAACUCAGCAAAUGCAACUACAAUAUCAAUCGGGUGGCGCCAACAGCGGAGGGCACUACAACCAGUUUGCCUAUGUCAAUGAGCGUCCCUUAUCGAGGAACUUCUCUAUUCGUUCGGAAGGUGAACGACUGAUAGGUUCGGUGAACCGCAACUUUGCCGGAUUUUCUGAAGAAUUCCUUUUUGGCACGGGCGGCGUGUAUGCUCUUCGAAUGGACGCCGUAGCUUUGGCGGAAAAGAAGGAGCGCCAGCAUACCAACCCGACUAGUACGACAGGGAUGACUCUAGACCAACGCGCUGUUAUGUUAGCGGGGGCUGUUAGCAUCGAUUUCGAUUUCUUUAGUCGCGCUGUCCCCAACAAUCCGUGGUAUUGGCUCCCUGUCGAUGCAGGGAUGGCUGCAAGUGCAAGUCAGACUGCUACCGCUGGAGGAGCCUCUACUGGGAUUACUGGGGCCGCCGCUGGAUCAGCCGUUUCAUCUGUAGGUAGGAUUGGAGCAAUUGGUAGUUUAGCAGAUGGAGUUACUGCUGCUGGGACCGUAGCCGGCUACGAGACGAUGCGACAAAGUAUGGACGGCAAUCAUUCACCUUCUCCAUAUCAGGGCCCAAGCACGCCGACUACACCGGCCCAGAGUCAAUCUCAGGGUGAGAAAGAGGUCUGGGGUGAAGUUCUCCCCCAAGUUCCUCCGCAAGCCUCUCCUGAAAUCUCCGAGAAAAACUCCCUAGGAGAACUUGGUCCAGGAGGCGGUGCUGCAGGCAGCAACGUACCUGGUGGAAAGGGUGGUGACAGUCUUAGUGAUAUCGUGGACUUGUUCCUGUAA